AUGUCGGACGUUCCAAAGGUCUACGAAGUUGAAGCUAUAUUGAAAGACAGAGUUGUGAAAGGAGAAAAAGAGUAUUUCGUUAAGUGGAAAGGCUUCGACAGUAAGGACAACACUUGGGAACCCAUCGAUAGCUUGUUUCAGGUAUGAUAAUAUACUUUUUGAAUUUUUUGUUGGUUUUUAGUGUCAAAGACUUCUGAAGGUCUACAAAUUGAAGAAGGAAGAAGAAAAGGAAAGAGAGAGAGAAAAAAAAGAAAAAGACAGAGAUGAAGAGGAAGAAAAAAGGGAAAAGCAAAGGGCGAAGGUGAAGAAGAUGGUGGAAAGUCCUUCGACUUCGAUCAGGCAUCGUAGGCCUAGGCUUUAAUGCUUUUAUUUUCUUUUUAGGUAACAAUUAGUGAAUAAUUUUGUUUUUUACGAUGUUUGAUGUUAUAAAAAUUGUAAAUUAAUGUUUUACUUCUAGAAUUUAAAUUCAUUCAAAGUAAUUUUAAUAUUUUAGAUCCGCUGGUAACCCAAUAA